AUGGCAAACGGACCAAUAGGAACGGCCCGAUAUAAAAUCUCGCACGCCCAUUGGCUAGACAACCUGUCCAUCAUGCCUGCUGUGUCCACGGGGGCCGAACUUAAAUUCCAGCAUUCCGCAGCCAGAGCAGUAAAUCACCCGCGGGAAGCUAAAGCUAACCUGAGCCGAGCGAUGUCCUUAUCACUAGAGGAGCUGUGUGCCAUGGUGAAUGUGUCCUUUGAGGAGGUGAAAAAUUUACACAUGAAUGGAGAUCGUAGAUCCAGCGGGAGACUGCAGGACAGCCCAGGCAGUGCUGAACAUUUGCCAGAGGAUUUCAGUCCACGUGAACAUCUCUGUACACCAGAACACCUGAACAGGUGUAUAUUAGAAGCAGGAGUUGGCGGCAGUGUAUCCGAGGAGGACGACACUCAUCAUGCAAAAAGGAAAAAGGGUCCAGAAAACUGGAAACGCAACAUCCAGAAACGAAGGCGAAUGGAAGGGAAAUCCUACAGCGGAAAACAGAAAGAUGUGGGCAAAGUGACCAGAGCAGCACGCAUCAUGGGCCCGGGCUGUGCGUCAGACGCGUGCAGGAAGUCUGCUAAACGAUUCUGCCACACUUUCAGUGAAGAGGAUAGGCAGAACAUUUUCCAGAACUUCUGGCAGAGGAUGAACUGGGAGGAGAGAAGGUCCUAUGUGGCGGAGCUUGUUGACCAUACUCCAGUGGCCAGGAAGAGGUCCGCAAGUCAAGACUCGAGGCGGUUAUCGACGCUCUCAUACCAUCUUAUUCUAGACGGCGAGAAAAAGAGGGUGUGCAAAAAAUUAUUUCUGGCCACUCUGGGUCUGGGGGAGUGGUCAGUGGCGCACUGGGUGCAGGUAAAUGAACUGGAGAAGAACAGCAGUGAAACUGUGGUUGGUGAAGAAGCUCUGGCAUCUCUCCAGGCCUUUCUUAGGAACUUGCCAAAACUGUCCCCCCAUUUUGUCCAGCCUUCGUCCUCCAAGGUACAUCUGGAGCCCAUGUUCCAGUCCAUGUCUGACUUACACAGAGUUUACCAGCGUUACUGCGAGGAACAACUCCACACAACCCCUCUGUCUAGAAAAGUGCUAAUGGACGAGUUUAACCAACUCAAUCUGGCCUUAUACCGCCCGGAGGAAGACGCCUGUAGCUCUGAGGAGCGGCAGAUUGACUGCUGGAUAAAAGAGGAGGUUUGUGAGGAGAAAGCAGGAGAAGCUCUGGACAGAGAGAAGCUCAUAUUGUCCUGUAUGGAUCUGCAGGCUAUGAUCCUCUGCUCAGAGCUGAACACUUCUUCCUUGUAUUACAAGACUAAGCUGGCAGUGCACAACCUCGCCCUCUACCACACGGCUAACCACGGCAGCGCCCGCUCUGUGUGGGCUGAAGGAGAGGGAGGGCAGACUGUGAAUAAAUUUACCUCCAGGAUUACAGAUUGCUUUCAACAGCAAGAGCAGAACGAUGAUGAUGAAUAAUUAUAGGUUUUAUUAAUGUUCCACAGUUCAUGAUUUUGUUUUGUGAUAGCUUCAGUCCAAAAACAAAAGACCCAAAAGAACCCACCCCAUGGUCAUUCAAACAGACCCACAGUUUGUGCAGUUGUUUAAGAACCUCUGUCUUCAGGAGGAUGUAGGUUAAACCUGCAGUGAUGUCUCUGCACACUAUCCUCUCUAUCUCUGGGUGGAGCUUCAACACAUCUCAGAGGACGACCGUUCUAGCUGUCAGCUUCUCUCAUGGGUGGGAAAUGGUAAUAACUAUGAUAGGAAAGUAAACAGUACAUUUACAAUCCUUUACAAGUAAGCAGAAUGUUUCUGUUACUGUGCCUUUAUUAGUGAUGUAUGUACACGAACUCUGUUCUGAUAAAAACACUUGCUGAAGGAAUUCUUAAACUGGGAAAUGAAGAAAACUAAUUAAUUAUUAUUAAAACAUACUAACAGCUAAUAUUUGUUCAUCGUGUCGAUCACACAGUCUUAAAAUUGUGUAUUUACUGUUUUUAGUUUACAUGUAAUGUUAAAGACCUACAGUAAAAACAUACUGUGAUUAGAGACGAAACGAUCGAUUGGCUUUCAGUGUGUUUGUGUGUUUUUUAAUCACAUUGGACUCAGACUCACUAUUUGUAGAGUGUGUAAAAGAUCCAGCCCAGACUUCCAUCGGUAUCUGUGAUUGGCUGAUCAUACUGAAAAGAGUGAUCAGAGUAGUUGUGCCGUCUUUAGCAGUAUCGGCUCGUACAGGAUCUGAAUCUGAUCUAAAUCCGUUUAACUCCCAAAACCUGGGGGGCCCAUGUGGGGGCCCAUGUGAAUCCGAUUGGCAUAAAGAACCGAAUUUGUAGUAAAAAAUAUUUCCACAAAAGGCAGAUUUAGCAGCUAAAUAUUCUCCACAGGGGGUGCUGUUAUUACUUCAGUGCAGUCAUGCUGUGUGUCUUUGUUUUAGGAACUUGUGGACUCUGUACAGAUUUUCACUUUUCCACUCCUAAAUCUAAACGCCUUCUGAUCAAGGCUUUGUUUGGAUGCUCACAGUACAUUAAAGAUCUGUGUUAAUCCCACUG